AUGCCUGCGCCGAAGGCAAAGACCAAGGCAAAGCAACGGUACUUGAAAGCGAAGAAAGAACGACGGAAAGCCAGGAAAGCGGCUGGGCCCAAACCCUUUGGCGAAGGCAAGAAAAAGCGGGCAGCGGAGAGGGCACCGGGGCAGGACGACGACCACGCCGAACCAAAACGUGUACGCCCUACAGAGAUUGUGGCUAAGGAGAGCGCUUCUUCGGAUACAGAAAGUGAUGCGACACACUUUGACAAGGAGGAGUCGCUAGCCGUUGUCCCAAACGAAGAAGAGAUCCCGACAACGAUCCAGGCCGAUCCAUUGCAGCCUGGGACAGAGGCAUCCAUGGAAGAAGAAGCGAUGACCGAAGAGCCUGCAUCAUCCAAAUACCUAUACCGAUUUCCACGGCCUCAGCAAACGACGGCCAUUGAUACCCAGUUGCUGACGUCGCAAGGCAUUCCCGCCGCGCUAUCGAAGCCGACCGAUGUAUCUAUGUCGCAUACCCAAACCCUCGAUACCCAGGACAUUGGCGGUGUACGCCUCAGCACAUCGGUACGCCGACAGCUAGAACGACUAGGUAUCGAAGAAUGGUUUGCUGUGCAAGCCUCUGUCAUUCCAUGGCUCAUGAAUCAUACGGCAUCGCAUCGACUGUACUUGCCGUAUGCACCGCCUCGUGAUCUCUGUGUCUCAGCGCCGACAGGCAGUGGUAAGACGCUGGCAUACACAGUCCCCAUUGUGGAACUGCUGCAAACGCGCGUCAUUGUCCAACUCCGUGCUUUGAUCCUGGUGCCGACACGCGACUUGGCUGUCCAAGUGCGUGAUAUGUUCGACGCGGUCGGCAAAGGCAGUGGGCUACGAACAGCCGCCAUCACCGGCAGCCACAAGUUCCGGCAGGAACAGGCGCAAUUGGUCCGGCAAGUGGGCGACGAUACGCAAAGCUUGGUCGACGUAGUGAUUGCUACGCCUGGGCGUUUGGUCGAUCAUGUACGUGGCACACCUGGCUUUACGUUGGAGCAUUUGCGUUUCCUGGUCAUCGAUGAGGCUGAUCGACUCUUAGGCCAGUCGUUCCAGCAGUGGGUCCCGAUUCUACUCGAUGCCAUGGAGUCGCAUACACAUGCAGGCACGGCCGCUCCGCAGUCGCUCGCGGCAGAGAUGGCCGAGGCGCCAUGGACGCAGGACGACUUGGCUGCGCCACAGAGCAGUGUGCAAAAGCUUCUGUUUAGUGCGACGCUCACGCGGGAUCCUGCCAAGAUGGGAGCACUUCAUCUUCGUGAUCCCCACUAUAUUCGCGUUCGCGAUCUGGGUGAAAGUACCGAGCAAGAGUCGUUUGCGCUACCCGCCAAGCUGCAGCAGCAUAUGGUAGUCACGCCGAGUCACAGCAAGGUAUUGCACCUGUUGCACUUGCUGCAUACGACGUACACACAGCCAGUGCGGCAUGCGUUGUGCUUUACAAAGAGUGUAGAAGCUGCGAAUCGCCUUGUGCGUCUGCUGACGUUCUUCGAAGAGGCGUGGGCGCAACAAGCUGGUGCUCCGCCGUUGCAGAUCCAGUUUUACUCGUCGGAUCUGGGCACAGGGGAGCGAGCAACGAUGCUUCGACGCUUCCAAGACGGCGAGAUUGAUGUGUUGGUAUGCUCGGAUCUGAUUGCGCGUGGUAUUGAUUUGCCGGAUGUGCAGCAUGUGGUGUCCUAUGACAUUCCUAUUGACAUGGCCAAGUACGUGCAUCGAGUCGGUCGUACAGCUCGUGCUGGGCGAACGGGCGAUGCGUGGAGCUUGGUGGAAGAGCAGGAAGUGUACCACUUCAAGCGCAUGCUACGUGAGGCUGGGCAGUGGGACCGUGUGCACACGGAGAAGAUCAAAGCGGAUGUGUUCGAGCCAUAUAUGUCAUGUUACAAGGACGCGCUAGCUCGCUUAGCGCGUAUCUAUAGUCAACAGCGGUAG